AUCGAGUCUUGUCGCAUUUUGAUAAAGACCGGCGUAGUGAGAAAAAGAAACGAAAAAUAGCCAAAGAGCACAGAGGAUGAGCCCUCUCGAGCGCUCUUUCUACUUUAUGCUCUGAACGCAUGCUUACAAAAACAACAUAUCAAUUGCAGCCCGAUACAACUUUGCGCGGCCCCAAUGUCUUUGGAAACGACACGAAAGCCCCAGCAGUCAGCAAUAACAGUGGAAAAUAUACGAACAAUGGCUCCAACAUCAGUUCCAGUCUGAGUCAUAUCGGCAACAAUGUCGGCCACAAUGAUCGUAAUAAUAACAGUGGCCACAUUCAUGACAGCAGCAGCGCCAGCAGAGUGAUGUCGCAGCAGAGUCCGAACGGUCUGAGCAACGGCAUGAGCAACAUGCAUAUUCACCAGAACCCUGCCAUUGCCAGUCCUUCGAUGGGAUCGAUACGAGGUGGCCUCGGGGACUCCGCCAACAGCUCCAGCAAUGGAGCCCUCACCAGUCAGGCCAUUACUCAAAGCGUCGAUGAGAGUUUGAAUGACCCUCAACUGGCGGGACACCCUUCAGCCUGGUCGAUUGAGCAAGUCGCAUACUGGCUGCGCUGGUGCGGAUUCGGAAGCGUAGCGCCCAGCUUUGUCGAAAACGAGAUCUCUGGUGCGAUUUUGCUGGAGUUGAAUCUAAACAACUUGAAAGAGCUGGACAUCAACUCGUUUGGCAAGCGUUUUAACAUUAUGAACGCCAUCACGUCGUUGAAGCAGUAUACCAAGGCCGAGCUAGGAAACAAGGGUUCAUUCGGAGCUCUAUCUGCCGGUUCAUCUAUGUAUGGAACAACUCCCAAUAUUCCUCCACGAAUGACCUCGGCGCCAAUCAGUGGCCCCAGCCCGCGUGCUUCAUACGAUUCGAGGGGCGACUAUAUGAGGGAUCCACGCCAGGAUCUCCACGAUCCACGCACUGCACCGGCUCCGCCAACCUCUGUCCAGUCCCAAAACACACGCAUUCAACAGCAGCCUCAGUCUCAGCAGCAGCUCCCGAUGCAGACACCGCAGAUUCAAACACCACAGCAGCAGCAACCGCAGCAAUUCUCUGACUAUGAUAUACACCCGAAUCAUCUCCAGGGUCGCACAGCUGUCUUGGCACGCUCGGACACUCUGGGAUCCAUGAUGAGCGGUGGCGGUGGCAGCAUGGGAGAGUAUGGCGGCCAAUUGAACGAUGCUCGUGGGGGACAGCGCCAGAGCGUUACAUCAGCAUAUUCUUCCAAUUCUAAUCCUCUUCGCAGUCAAUGGGAUCGCAAUGCGGGUCGCGCACCGCAGAUGCCCAGUCCAGCGGGAACUCAGGCACGUGCACCGUUACCAAGCGACUUUGAUGACGCGGGAUAUGGAGGACGACUUGUCGAUCAACAAUAUCAACAACAGCAGCAGCAGCCAUCCUCGGAUCAGUACCCACGACCCAUGAACAGAAGCGUGCCAAUGAGUCCCGAGAUGCUCAAUCCAGACUCCUACUCGCCUACCUCGUUUGAACAGCCUAUCCCCAAGCAGCGCAAAUACCACAACCCUGACACCGCAAACCGUCCACAGAAUGGCAAGGCCGAUCCAAGCGACAAAGUUGUUUCACUGGACCUGAUCGGCAAGCCCGACUAUGCAGGCUGGCUGAAGAAGCGAGGUGACACAUACCGCACCUGGAAGAGCCGCUGGUUCAUGCUAAAAGGUGUCACGCUCUACUACAUGAACUCGCCCAAGGACAAUGCCAGCAAGGACUAUAUCAACCUGAUUGGCUACAAAAUCAUCCAGGACGAAAACAUUUAUGCGGGAAAGUACUGCUUCAAGGCCGUCCACGAGGAGCUUCGCAACUUUUACUUUUACACCGAGAGCGAAAGCGAUAUGAAGGGAUGGCUCAAGGCAUUGAUGAAGGUCACCAUCGGUCGCGACCCCACUGCGCCUGUGAUCUCGUCCAGCAACAUCCCAACGAUCCCCCUGCAUGUUGCCCGCAAGCUGGCGCCUCGUCCUCCUUCACCUUCAAAACGGAACCGUGCUCUCGGACCAAAUGGCCAGCCUAUGCAUCCCCAGCAGCAACCACAGCAGCAGCAGCAGCAGCAACUGUAUGAGCAGAAGCCGCCGUUUCAGCAACAACACCUGCCUCAGCAACAGCCUCAGCAGCACACACCUCAGCAGCAACAGAAACCAUUCCAGCAGCAGCAAACACCUCAGCAGCAGCAGCAGAAAGCAUUCCAGCAGCAACUCCUGGAUUAUGACGACCAGGAUUCCGACGGCGAAGAUUACCUUGCUAACGAAUAUGGCAACCAGCGCCCCAACUACGGCGCACGUCCCAACAACAUGAACAGUAAUAGUAAUGGCAACAAAGUGAACGGCGCGAGUAAUGGCCUGAGCCGCGGUGACGAGCCAUCCGAAAGCCCUAUCCUACAGAGCCUCUCGAUAGCUCCACAGCAGCGCCACAGCUUUGUGCAUUCUGACCAACGGGAUGGUGAUGAUGAUCCAUGGAGAGAUGAGGAUGACGAAGGAUUCGGCACUGGUAGCAGCAGGAAGAACAACAGCAGCAACCAGCAGCAACAGGAGCAACAGCAGCAGCAACAGCAACAGCAUUUGAAGAACUUGCGUCCGGAUAGUGAACUGGAUUCGUUCCAUCAGCAUCGUGAGGAGGAACAAUCGCGGCAGGGUUCAAGUAAUGGUCAUUGGACCCAAGAACAGUACGUCAGCUGGCUGAACCGCAACCUCCCAAGUUCUGUGGAUCCAGUGUCGGACAUAACCCAGUCUCUUCGAUCUGGCGUCGUGCUUGUCCGCUUGAUCGAGCAACUCUCGGGUGAGCAAGUCGACAAGCGGAUUCCCAAUGCGACCUAUACCCUUCAGAUGCUCGAGAACUUGCUGACGGCGUUCAAGUUCAUGGACCGCGUCGGCAUUUCGACCGAUGGUUACACUGUCAAGGAUAUCUUUAACGGAAAUGAGGACAGGAUCAUCAUGAUGUUUGAGGCCAUCCGGGCCAGGUUCCCCGAGAAGGCCAGUGCUUCUGCGCCAUCGUCUAAUAAUAAUGGGGCGACAUCGAUCUCAUCACCUCCGCUUCCUCCUUUGCCUAUGGAACCCGCUCCCUCGACACCGGUUUUGUCAAACAAGGGCUCCCCACGGCCGAAUAAUAUUGGUAGCCCAGCAGUAAGCCAUAACCGUUCACCACUGAUCGGAAGCAGAAGUGCAACCUUCGGAUCCCAACCACUUCAGCUCUUGCAGCUUCAGCACACGGAUGGUUCAGAAUACGAGGCGUUGUAUGACGAGGCCGCUCGCAGCACUAUCUCAUAAAAAAAAAAAAAAAAAAAAAAAAACGACAACAAAUGCGGCCUUAUCUUCAGCACUUUUACUUCCUUAUCCUCCUUAUAUCCUUCUUAUAUUCCUAUUAACCCGUACACUUUUAUUUUUAACGACAGCAUACAUGUGCCACACAAAACAAGUUAUUCUAAUUUUCCUCUCUUCGACCUCUUAUUAUUAUUAUUUAAGCCAAAAUAAACGAUCUUGAAGCAAACAACGCAGUGAGCACCACCCGCCUAUCGACUUGCGCAUUCUGCCG